ACACAUUGCAAGUUGUUCCCAAAAACUAAAAGCUUAUAAAAGGCUCCUUCCUGAUUCUGAUGUUACCCACACUCUCUUUACAAGACUUUUAUUUGAUUUUUUUCAUUAAUUUCAAAAGCUCUCAACAACCCAAUAAAAACCCUAGAAUAAGCAACAAGAUGGGAAGGGGAAAGAUAGUAAUCCGAAGGAUCGAUAACUCAACGAGCAGGCAAGUUACUUUCUCCAAAAGAAGAAAUGGUUUGAUGAAGAAAGCUAAGGAGCUUGCCAUUCUUUGCGAUGCUGAAGUUGGGUUGAUUAUUUUCUCCAGUACUGGCAAGCUCUAUGAGUUUUCUAACACCAGCAUGAGAUCAGUUAUUGAACGAUACAACAAAACGAAGGACGAACAUCAACAGUUGCACAAUCCACUGACAGAACUCAAGUUGUGGCAGAGAGAGGCAGAGAUCUUGCGGCAACAAUUACAGGACCUGCAAGAAAAUCAUCGGCAAUUAAUGGGAGAGGAGCUACGUGGCUUGGGUGUAAAAGAACUAACAAAUUUGGAGAAUAAACUGGAAAUGAGCUUAAGGGGCAUCCGUACUAAAAAGGAGCAAAUAUUAAAGGAUGAAAUUCAGGAGCUAACUCGAAAGGGGAGCAUGAUACAUCAAGAAAAUUUGGAACUCUACAAGAAGGUAAAUCUCAUUCAACAAGAAAAUGCAGAAUUGUAUGAGAAGGCUUAUGGUACAAGGGAUGCUACUGCAAUUAAUGGAACCACCAACUAUCCAUAUCGCUUCACGGUGAGCAGAGAAGUUCAUGCCCCCAUCCAUCUGCAGCUAAGCCAGCCCGACCCACAGAACUUUGAAACGCCAGCAAGAGUAUCUAAUUAGAGGUAAAAGUCAAUGGUGGCAGAAAAAUCAAUGAAUUAACAACCUCAACUGCAGAGCGGCAGAAGAGGAAAGACAAAGAAGGAUGGUGUAUUAUCUAAAUUCAUAAUUAAUGGUAGCAUACAUUGUCUGUGCUGCCAAUUGUGUAAUUCAAACAGUUGAUAAUGCACGUAAAGAGAGCACAGGCAUCAAUUAGUACUCCAAUGUAUAUUAAAGAGAUAAGCAUUCAGUACCGCUGACCUAUGGCCAAAGUUGCUACGACACACUCUAAUUUUAUGGGUCCUGUUACCUCUGAACUCAAUUUUAGCAUAUUUUUGUCACCCUUUUGUGCUGAUGUGCCAACUUGCGUGAAGUUUAACACCUGAGGCGCGUGAAGGACUGUCAUCUGUCAUGUCAGCUAAAAAGAUUGAUAAAAAUAUGCUAAAAUUUAGUUCGGAGAUAAUAGGACCCCCGUUGGAAUGUAUUGUAGUAAAUUUAAUCAUAGUUAUAACGUACUAAAUGCUUAUCUCUAAAUUAGAAGGUUACUUGUUGAUCGAAUGUGUUUUUGAGCCGAGACUUUGGACUUGACAACUUAUGAGAGCUUAUUGUAUCACAUUACAUCACUUUUGCAAAGUUCUGCGUAUGUAAC